UUUAUUAUUGAUUUUUUAUUUUAUUUGAUAAUGGAAGUUAUUGAGGAUGGAAAUAUUAUUGAUAGGAUCCCAAUUUUGUUGCAAAGAGAUUUGGAGUAUUAUCAGAAAAACCAAACAGUUUUGUCGGAGACAAUCUGCCGCAGUGUAGUCGGUGGUAGACUCGAUUUCCCUAGGAACGCUUCUUUCGCUGCUGUCAAAAUAGUGCUAUGGCUUGAAGAGGAGUUUUCGAUUGCUUUCAAACAAGGUUCUGGAAUGUUCGUGAACACCGAAGAAGAAGAAGAGAAACUAGAAGGCGGAGUGGCGAAGACUUCUGAUCCGGAUAAAUUCGUACAGUUGACCGUCAAGUCGAGUGACGCGCUGUUAGAGCAUCUCCACAUGUUGGUGCAAGAGGCACUGGACCACGCCGACCUCCCGGUGCUGACCGCCACCCUGGGAGCUGCAGCACUGCUUAAAAACAGUCUGUAUUGCUACUUACAGCACGUGGAAGACUCUGGCAACGCUGAAAGAUUCUCUAUAUUGCAAGCGUGCUACAAGCGCUACGUGGCCAUGUCCGAGGCGGUCGCCGAGCGCGUGCUGGACCUGCACUGCAGGGUGCUGUCCCUGUACGUGCUGCAGGACGCGGGGGGGCGCGGGGGCGCGGGGGGAGGCGCGCCCUCUGUGCAGGGCUGGUGGCUCUACAUGAAUGGGAGUCGACAGGACCUGUGGGACACGGUGCCUCCUCGCGUCGCGCAAAGGAUUUUCGCGGGAAUGCUUAAUGAAUCUCUUACAAUACUAACUGUUCGGUAUUGCCAGACCAACACGAGUACAUCGACAACUCCACUGCUCCUCAACGACAUAUUGAACACGCUGCUGUGCGUGGCGCAGCUGCUGCCGGCCGUGUGCGGGGGCGGGCGCGAGCUGGCGGGCGCGGGGGCGGGCGCGGGGGGCGGGGCGCGGCACGUGCGCGACGUGCACGCCAAGUGCAACGAGCUCUUCAAAUGCUUCGUGUACAGAGGAGCCCCGUUACAUUUUAUACACCAGGCCUUGACAAACGAAGAUCACACGCAGAUCCCAGCACAGGACGGCCCGCAGCCCUGGUACACCUUUGCGAGUCCUCAGCUCUUCGACCGCGUCCACGACGGAGGGGCGGCCCGAGGCACGGAGCUGCCCAGCAGGACGGCGUUGGCUUUAGAGUUGAUGGUGCUGUUGGCUCAGCCGCAACCUUCCUGGGCGCUGAUCGUUAAGGUGAUGACAAUGCGAGAUUGCUUACUGGCCCGCAUGCUGCUGGUCAGAGCUCUGCGCAACAUGAGCCCGGACAACAGCAAGUGGUCGGUGCGGGCGCAGUGGUACGCGACCGGCGCCGGCCCGCAGAGCUGCGACGGCUUCCUCUGCACUGCCGACGGGUACUGCAGGUUUAAAGGGGACAGCGACGACGGCGAGGAGUACGCGCGUGCGGCGGGCGCGCUCACCUACAUCCUCGUCAGCGUGGGCAGCAAGGCGGAGAUAAAGUCCACGCUGUGCUACGGCCUCGAGAUGUCCGGCAGGGACUGGGCCGCCGGCCUGGACCGGAGACAGAUCUGGAGCGAGCGUCGCGCGGCGUGGCUGAGCGCGGUGGCGGGGGCGGCGGGGGGCGCGGUGGUGCGGGGGGCGGGGCCGCUGCUCGCGCGCGCCCUCGCCUCCCGCGCCUCACUCUUCCAGACGGUGUCGCUCUGCCUGACGUACGUGGAGCGGUCCGUGGACAGCACUGGGGCGCCGCUGCAGCUGGCGUGCGAGGCGCUGCAGGCGGCGCUGCCCGCGCACGUGGCGCCGCUCGGGGACUCGGUGCUGCUGCAGGUUCUGAUCAUGAUCGCUUACGAAGAAAUACAGAACUGGGCUAAGAAAGAAGAGGAAAAAGGGAAAAAAGAGAGCGCGGAGGGCGCGCGCUGCGUGUGCGAGGCGCUGUGCGGUGCGGACCGCGGGCCGCUGGAGCCGCAGCUGCAGCGCCUGCUCAGCAAGUCUCGGCGACCACAACGUCUGUCCCAACAACACGGUCUACAGGAUUUCCCUGAGUUCGCUCAACUGAAGUUACAGGGGGACGUGGCGGGCGCGGGGGCGGAGCGCGGGGGCGACGCGGCGGCGCUCACGGACCGGCUGCUCAUGGCGGCGCCGGGCCGGGACAGUCUGCGGGUUGUGUACGAGCACCUGCGGCUGCACGCGCGCUGGGUGUACGAGCAGCUGGGCGCGCCGCCCCCGCCCGGCCCCCGCGCGCCGCUGCUGCACACCAUGUUCCACAUAGGGCACCAGCCCUUCGACCAGUACCUCAGAGACGAAUGGCCACUCCCGUGGAGCGAGCUGGUGUCGGCGGCGGGUGCGGGGGGCGCGGCGGGGGCGGGGGGCGCGGCGGGGGCGGGGGGCACGGCGGGGGCGCGCGCGCACGUCUGCCGGCGGGCGGACGCGCGGCGCCUGCGCGAGCUGUGCCGCGCCGCUGGAGGGAGCUGGUAGUCUCGAAGCUGUACCGGCCCCGCCCCCCGCACCGCGCUGCGCAGAGAGAAACAGAUGCGCUCUAACGUUGACUCUCUCAAAACUUUAUUGGCAGAGAGUUAAAUAAUGUCAUCAUACGUACAGUACUGUCGUAACACUCUGAAUCACAGAUUUGACGCGCGUCGUUCGGAGAGACGCGCUGCUGUCCCGCGCCAACAGUCGUUAAAAAAAUGUCUUAUUAAAUCUAAUUCUCAAUAUUAAUAACUUUAGUUUCGGAAUAAAAAAUUACACGUUUACUCGUAUUCGUGUCCAGAGAGAAAGCUUUAGCUUUCUUUAGUAUUUUUAGUUUUAUAAAUGCAUUCAAAACUUAUUCUAUUUAUAAUAAUUAUGACCGCACUAAACACCCAUCAUAAUUUAUAUUUUACUGAAUUGGAUCAAUAAAUAAGAUUCUCGAUCAUUAUUGUACGGACGGGCUCCUCGCUGAGCUUUUAGAACAACUUAAUGAAUUUAAUCUGUAGGUACCAGUAAACUAGCAGCUUACUAUCAAUAUAAAAUAGCUUCAAUGUCACCGUCACGCCAUUUACAGUUCCUACAGGGCGGAGGUACUCCGUCAUCGUCUCAAUUACUAAAAUUGAAACGGAAUCAAAAUGACUUCAUCUUCUGUACAAUCUAGUUCCGCGGACCCGGAGAGCCUUCACUAAUUCCUGCCGCACUGAACUUUGCUUAGGCUUAUAGCUUAAUUACUUGUAGCGUACAAACAAGCUGAUGUUAAUAGCGCUGUAGUGAAUUUAAUAAAAAUAAAUGAACUGUGAAGCCAGUGGCGA